AUUUUUCCAGCAGUGACCAUAUGUAACAUGAACAUGCUUCGCUUUGAUAAGCUUCCAGACAGCUACUUCGACGAUAUAAUUGCAAGUAUAAGCUCACAAGUGAAUGUAUCAAUAUCGAUUGAACAAAGCAACAACUCCUCUGAUACUGCGGGCAACUCCACAGAAGAUUCUUCUCUAGAGUCAUCCGGAUCCGGAGAAGAGUACAAUGAGGAUGACUUUUAUGAAGGUGUUGCAGAUGCUUAUGAUUCACUUGGCAUCUCUGGGGAGGAAGCUAAAAUGAUCGACUAUCUGAUUGAAGAAGCCUUACUCGCCAAGAUUGCACAAGAGAAUCAUUCAACACUGUUCAAAUUAGGCCAUCAAUAUGAAGAUUUCGUGUUCGAGUGUUCUUUUAGAGGCUAUGACUGCAGAAACUAUUCAAAGCACUGGCACAACUUUUGGGAUUUUCGUUUUGGUAAUUGUUUCACGUUUAACGGCGGGCUGGACGAUUUUGGUAAGCCUCAGAAAAUUUUACACUCACAUAGCACUGGACCUGCUGGAGGUUUGAAAUUGAAGCUAUUUAUAGAACAGUCACAAUACGUCUCACAGCUAUCCCAUACUGCUGGUGCUAGGAUUGUCAUUCACGACCAGGGACAAAUGCCAUUUCCAGAAAAUGAAGGUUAUGAUGUUUUACCGAGCCGUUCAACCUCCUUUGCCAUCAGAAAGACUGUUAUUGAACGCGUGGAUCCAUUUGGGAAUGGAAGUUGCAUUUCUGGUGAUGAUGUCAAAGAAAAAGAUAUUUAUGGGAAGAAAUUCCAUACGACAUACUCUAGGCAGGCUUGCUUGAAUUCGUGCCUUGCUAAUAAACAGCUUUCAGAAUGUGGAUGUGCUGAGGCUCAAUUUCCCACAGACUCUAAUAUAUGCGACAUAAAAAACUCCACCACAGCCCGAUGUCUGCGAACAUUGCUACAGAGAUUACUUGAAGGGAAGCUCAGCUGCAAAGAGAACUGUCCCACACCCUGCAGAGAAGUGGAAUUUAGGACCUCACAGUCAAUGGGAGAAUGGCCUUCCAUGGGAUACGAAGGGAUUCUUAUGGGUCGUCUUCGAGAAAAACAAUGGUUUAUUACCGAAGAUAAAUAUGGAUUCUAUCUCAGUGAGAAUUUUCUUCAAGCGAGAAUAUUCUUUGAGCAGCUAAACUUUGAAAGAGUUGUAGAAAGUGUCAGCUAUAAGAAAGUGAAUCUUGUUGCAGAUAUUGGAGGACAGCUUGGACUUUGGAUUGGUAUUUCAGUGUUAACUUGUUGCGAGUUUUUGGAGCUUAUUCUCCUUAUCAUCAGAAGUCUUAUCAAGAGGUCUUUCUCAAGAAAUAUCAUCAAUGUGGAACCUUCUCCCCGUUAGAUACACACGAAAUCAUAGAGUAGCAUCUAUGUCAAAUAUUUCUUU